GCAACAUUGUAUUUGUCUACUCUCCACCAUUUGACAGAAUUAAUCGCGCACCGAGAGAGAGAUGGGGGAAGAUGAAGAUCCACAGAAGUUGAAGAGACUAGGGGCGGCGGCGUAUGACUACGACAACGACCCAAAAUGGGCGGACUAUUGGUCCAACAUCCUUAUACCUCCCCACAUGGGCUCUCGCUCCGACGUCGUCGACCACUUCAAGCGCAAGUUCUACCAGCGCUAUAUCGAUCCUGAUCUUGUUGUCGAGCCAAUGUCCAUAAGCAGUACCUCUCAGCCUGCAAAACCGUCCGCAUCGUCAUCAUCAUCAACUUCCAAUGGUCAAACGCGUUCACGUAAUUCAGGGUCAACUGCUAGAACAUCAGGGACAUCUACAAAUUCAACUCCAAAUCCAACAUCUCUGCGUUGGGAUAGGCAUACCGUACAAUUUUCUGUCAAUGCUUGGGUCUUUGUUGUGGCUGUGCUUGCAAUUUUUCCACUUCUACCCAGAACUCUUUCGAACAGGGCAUAUCGGCUUGCCUUCAUGGGCACUGCAUGUUCUUCUCUGUAUUCUUUGUAUUCGCUAUAUGGGAAACCUAGGGCGUGGAAUAUGCAAGCUGUGCAAGUGUGGUUUCAGUCAGUAAUUGCGACCAAGGAUUUUCUCCACUUCAUUUACUGCCUGAGCUUUGUCACUUCACAUCUUUACCUCAAAUUUGCUUUAAUUCCUAUUUUAUGCUGUGUCCUUGAACAUGUUGCCAAGUUCCUCAGGCGUAAUUUCAGUCGCUCCUCCUUGUACAGAAAGUACUUGGAAGAGCCUUCUGUAUGGGUGGAAUCAAACACUACCACACUCAGCAUACUGUCUUCGCAAGCUGAGAUUGGACUUGGGUUUCUUCUGAUUAUCUCAUUAUUUUCGUCAGUAGCUCAACUAAGUCAAUGACUGGUUUUUUCUUCUUUUUCCCCUUAUAAUCUUAUUUCCUAUUCUCUCUCUUUUAAUUUGCGAUAUGUGCAUGCAGGUGGCAGCGCAACAUACUACAGACAUUCAUGUAUUGGCAGCUGUUAAAGCUCAUGUAUCAUGCCCCUGCGACUGCUGGUUACCAUCAAAGCGUGUGGUCUAAGAUUGGGAUGACUGUUAAUCCACUUAUCCAUCGUUAUGCACCAUUCUUGACUACUCCAAUUUCCACUAUUCAGAGAUGGUGGUUCAGAUAAAAGCCUGGAUAAACUACGGUGUUGUAGGAUGAUCUGACAGAAUCUUCAUGGAUACUGGAAUUAUUUCAAGUGUUGUAUUUUUGUUUUGUUAAAGAGAGGGAUUCAAUUACAUGACCAAACCAUCAUAUUGGCUAAGAUUGGUUGAUUAAACUUUGCUAAUAACCCAAAUUAUAAAUUUGUAUUUUU